AUGAAGCUACACCUGGCCACCUGGUUGGUGUGCACACUUGCAACCGCUGACGCGGUCGGGGCGUCCACCUGGUUUGGUAAAGCUGUUUACAACAAAUGGCACGAGACCGAGCUUGAGCGCUGGCUUGCUGAUCAUGACAUCCCCUACUCCUCGCCUGCUGAUCGCAAGGAACUCGAAAACGCUGUGAAGACGAACUGGGAUCUAAAGGUUCAGAAACCGCUGGGACAACUCUCAGAUCACACUGGGGAUCGCUGGGAGAACACCAAGGAAUGGAUCUUCGACACGUGGACCGACUCCCAGCUAAAGUCUUUUCUUGACCGACAUGGCAUCCCUUCACCUCAGCCUCGUCGCCGCGACACUCUACUCAAGACGGCUCGUGAGAAUUACGAAGCCGUCGCCAAGAAACUUGGCGAAGCCGCUCACUACCCUGGAAACUGGCUGUUCGAGCAAUGGAGCGACUCUGAUCUAAAGCUCUGGCUUGAUGAGCGCGGAUGGCCCGCUCCUCAACCCAGCACUCGGGACCGCCUGAUUGCUGCCGUCCGUCGUAAUACUCGCCUCGCUAGUCUGCAAGCAAAGAGCAUCGGUGCCUCCAUUGUCCAGUCGGCCAAUGCCGCACAGGAGACCUUGAGUGAAGCUCUAUUCAAUGCUUGGUCCGAUUCCGAUCUCAAGAGAUUCCUCGACGAGCAUGGUAUCCACGUUCCUCAGGGCUCCAAGCGCAAUGAGCUCAUUGCGUUGGCACGCAAGCACCGCGCUGCUCUUGUCGAACAAGCCUCCUCAGCAUCCUCCUCGGCUUCCUCCACGGCUUCUGACUACAUCGGCGCUGCUACAUCCAGAGCCGGUAACGAGUACGCACGUGCUACUGACAAUGCAAGCUUGAAGUCUCAAGAAGCUUUUGAUACUGCCAUUGACGCCUGGUCCGACUCUCGCCUGAAGGCCUUCCUUGACUCUCGAGGCGUUCCUGUUCCUCAGAAGAGCAAGCGCGACGAGCUCAUUGCCAAGGUCCGACUGAACAAGCACAAGGCUGCCACUGGCUGGACCGCCUGGACCUUUGAUACCUGGGACACUGAGCACCUGAAGAAGUACCUCUCUUCAGUGAACUCCAAGGUCGCCCACCGCGCUGGCGUCACUCGCGAUGAACUCGUCAAGGAAGCUCAGAGCCAGUACGAAAAGGCAACAAAGGCCGGUGGUGACCAGCUUGCUUCCGCGACCUCUUACAUCAACGAAGCCACCGCUAGCGCAAAGGACGCCACCUUCGACUCCUGGUCCGAGUCGGACCUCAAGAGCUACCUCGACUCCUACGGCGUCCCAGUCUACCAAGGUACCGAGCUGAACGAGCUCCGCGCUACAGCUCGCCGAAACGCUCACUGGUUCCGAUACGGCACUUCCACCCCUCAGGGCGCCCUGUACCAGAAGUUCAGCAACGCUGCACAAUGGCUGCUGGAUCAGUUGAAGAUUGGUGCUGCGAGCGGUAGAGCUCAGGGCCAGGAGGCUGCUGAAAAGUUGCAGGACAAGGCUGAAAAGAAAGCCGAAGAGGUUCGCUCUGAACUCUGA